CACCAGGGCGGCCGCGGACAGCAGCGGCGGCCCCGGCUCGGCGGCGCCUCUCCCGCGCGGGAGCAGCGCCGGGGCCCUGCGGCGGCGGAGAGGGCUCGCCGUGCACGCUUUCCCUGGGAGGUUCGUGGUUUUGUCAGUGACAAGAUGACAGUUCAUAUUUUUACCAGAGGAUCCAGUGAGUCAUCCUAUUAACUCCGCUGAAAUACAUGCUUGCCAAUCGUCCUGCCACGUUAGCCAACCGACAUCACAAUGACUGAGGAUUUAGACCACAGAUUCAGCAGUCUCACCUGGGAUCAGAUUAAAAUCCUGGAUCAAGUUUUAGCUGAGGUAAUACCUAUUCAUGGGAGAGGAAAUUUUCCAACACUGGAUGUAAAGCCGAAGGAUAUAAUUCGCGUGGUAAAGGAACAGCUCAUUGAAAAGCAAAUCAACGUUAGAGAUAUCCGCCUGAACGGUUCGACAGCAAGCCACAUCCUAGUAAAGCAGAACGGAACCAGUUACAAGGACCUAGACAUCAUUUUUGGGGUGGAACUUCCAAGUGAGCUGGAGUUCCAGGUUGUUAAGGAAGCAGUUCUUAAUUGCCUAUUGGACUUCUUGCCAAAAUGUGUUAAUAAGGAAAAAAUCACUGCUCAGACCAUGAAAGAUGCCUAUGUGCAGAAGAUGGUCAAGGUCUCCACCGACCACGAUCGCUGGAGUCUCAUCUCGCUAUCAAACAACAGCGGCAAGAAUGUAGAAUUAAAGUUUGUCAACUCACUCCGACGGCAGUUUGAGUUUAGCGUGGACUCCUUCCAGAUCAUACUGGACUCCAUGCUAAAUGCUUACAGAGCAACAGACUGCAAACUGACCGAAGACUCCCACCCCACUGUCAUCGCCGAGAGUAUGUACGGAGACUUCAACGAAGCAAUGGUCCACUUAAAAUACAAACUGAUCUCCACAAGGAACCCGGAGGAAAUCAGAGGAGGUGGCCUCCUGAAGUACAGCAAUCUCCUGGUUCGUGACUUUAAGCCAGCAGAUGAGGCCGAAAUUAAAUCUCUGGAACGUUACAUGUGCUCCAGGUUCUUCAUUGAUUUUCCAGAUGUUGCAGAGCAGCAAAGGAAAAUUGAGUCUUAUCUGCGCAACCACUUCAUUGGGGAAGAGAAAAGCAAGUACGACUACUUGAUGACUCUGCGCGGAGUAGUAAACGAGAGCACGGUCUGUCUCAUGGGACACGAACGAAGACAAACUCUGAAUAUGAUCACAAUUCUGGCUUUAAAAGUACUCGGAGAACAAAAUAUCAUCCCAAACGCAGCCAACGUAACGUGCUAUUAUCAGCCUGCUCCAUAUAUCAGUGACAGAAACUUCAGCAAUUACUACAUUGCUCACGGACAACCACCUAUCAUCUACCAGCCAUACCCAUUUCACAUACAAAUGCAAAGCGGCAUGGUGUAGGAACACAAAAACCUCCUCAGCACUUACACUCCUCUCUCUUUCCAGUUCUCUCCGUAAUAAAGGCCUCAUUAAAGCAAGAUUUAUCAUCACUUUUGAUUUAAGGACAUAUUUUUGUGCAAGUUGCCAAAGUUGUUUGGUUGAUCGAUGUUUAAAUCACCAUUAAGCAGAUCGUAAAAUAAGUGAGAUUCCUGAUGUAGACCCCUAUAUGUGUUUGGGCUAGACUUUUUUUUUUUUUUUUCAAUGAAAAGAGAAGGAUAUAAAUUAUUCUAAUUUUAUAAAACAAAAUGCACUAAGUUCUGGGUUCUAAAAAAUUCUUAAGCAAAAGUUAAAUAGUGUAAAUGAAAAGUUAAGCCAAUAAAAUACCUCUGAGUAGAAAAGCCUGAUUUUAGAAGCGAUAGCGUUCUGGGCACAUCAAUGUAGAUCAUCCGACAGUUAUACCCAUGCAGAUCCAGCAACAUUUAUUUGCAGCACCUUUUGAAAACACGUGUUGAUGGGCUGUCUCCUGGUGGUUUGAGCUCUGCUUUACAGGCCCUGGUCUGAUCACUCUUCAGGUCCUGUUAGAGACGUGAGGUCCCUCUCCUCACCAGCGCACUGGUCGGUAGUGGCUAGCAGGAAACAGCCUUACCAAAAGCUGACUCAGCAUUUUUGUGCAUCCAAAAUUUCCACUGAUCCGAGUGAGAGAUUUGGCUGCAGCGUUAGACCCCAGGAUCUGCCUCACAGAUAAGGAAAGCUGUAAGAGAUACCACUAUUCCUGUUAAAUUGGUCUCGAAGAACAAGGUAAUGGAACAAGAAAGAAGGUGAAAAUUGAGCACAUAAGGCCUGCUUUCUAUUGCUAAUUUGUUCGUGAUCAGAGAUGCUUAAAGCAUAAUAAACGGAGUCAGGAAAAUACCAAAAAGCCCAGGACUGCGUUGUUUUUAGGUGAAUUAAAACAAAUCCUCGGCAGUGGCAUUUGAAAAAAACCAUUUUGUACUAGCAACGUCCUGUACCUGUUUAGAUCCUGCACACGUACACUAGUAGCAAAUGAAGAGUUCUCUUACGAUCAGGAAGCAAAACAUUAGUUACAGGUUUGUGUGUGUGUGAAUGUUUACCAAAGAUAAGUUUUAGACAUGUCACACAAGUGCCUUGCCGUGCCAGUUGCUCCGUGCCAGUCGCCAUGCCGUUGGCAAUCGCGCUGGAGCGCUCCUGAGGCACGGAAAGGGAAACCUAUGCCCUUGGUGCUCCACCCGUGGGUCGCGAAGCGUCCGUAGCGCUGCAGGUCGGAGAGGCGUGCGCCAUUUCCUUCAGCAUGAGCAGGUUUGCGGCAGGUGGAGCUAAGGCGUUCUCACCGCAGCUCCCUCGGUUUAGACGCUCAGUACGGUACAAGAGGGAAUA